AUGACUAAGCGGCCGCUGUCCCUUUCGAAAAUGGACUACCAGAACCGUGUCGGGUCCAAGUUUGGUGGAGGAGGUGUCGCAGGAGCAUCCGAGACAAAUGUGGACCGUCGUGAGCGGCUCAGGAAGCUGGCAUUGGAGACCAUUGACCUCGCGAAGGACCCCUACAUCCUCCGCAACCACCUGGGAUCACUUGAGUGUCGUCUUUGUUUGACCCUCCACACCAAUGAAGGUUCCUAUCUCGCUCACACCCAGGGGAAGAAGCAUCAGACCAACCUGGCGCGGCGAGCCGCCCGCGACCUCAAGGAGACCCAGCUCAUGAUCGCCCCAACGCAGCAGAGUGUCCACAAGAAAGUCUUCCUUAAAAUUGGUCGCCCUGGAUAUCGAGUCACCAAAGUGCGCGAUAGGGACACGGGCAAAGAGGGCAUGAUGGUUCAGGUUCAUCUACCGCAAAUCAAGGGAGACGUUAUUCCUCGACGACGUUUCAUGAGUGCUUGGGAGCAAAAGAGGGAGCCUCCGAACAAGGCAUAUCAGUACUUGAUCGUCGCCGCAGAGCCUUACGAGACCAUUGCUUUCCGGAUACCUGCUCGUGAGAUUGAAGACGAGUCGGACGAUGCUGGGUUCUGGAACUGGUCUCAUUGGGACCCCGACACCAAGCAGUAUAGUUUCCAGUUCAUGUUCCGUGUUCAGUACUGA